UGAUGCUUGUUAGCAGUACGGGCCAUUUGAUCUAAGUUGAUUGUUAGCUCCAGUGCAUGACGGUGUAUUGCGAAGAUUUCAAGAAACGGUGACCAUGUGGACCCGAAUCACGUUACUCGUGUUAGGAGUGAUGAUUCACAGAGUUAACCUACAACUAAUGUGCUAUGAGUGCUUUGAUUGUGAGAUCAAUCCCGCAAUUUUGGUGGACUGUGGUGAAGAAAUUCUGACGAGUGCACAACCUACAUUACCUGAUACUUCUGAGCUAACAACACCGGAGCCCACGUUUAAUCCAACUAGUCCAGAAACUACUGUAACGUUUACUCCCACAUUACCAACAACUCCGGAUUUUGCCACGGUUUCUUCGUUACCGACAACCCCAGAACCAACAUGUCCAACCUGUGGAACAAGUCCCGUGUUUACACCUACGUUACCGACAAGCCCGGAUCUUACCACUGUACCUACGAUGCCUACAAGCCAAGAGCCAACGUGUCCUACUUGCGGUCCAUCAGAAACAACACCAGAAUUUACGCCAACUUUACCGACAACUCCAGAGCUCACUAGUGAAUCUACUUUACCUACGAGUGCCGAACCUACAUGUCCUACUUGUGGGCCAAUAACUGAAACUACACCGGUUAUUACUCCAACUUUGCCAACAGAUCCAACACUUACAACAGAUACUCCUUCUACGGUAACCAUAACCAUGCCAACAUCUCCAUCAAUGACGCCGCCAGUUACGGAAACAACUCAAUUUCCAACGUUCACUGAGCCAACCACUCCACCUCCAACUGUACCCGAUACAACACAAUCGGUUACAAUUACUAUGCCAACAUCUCCAUCAUUGACGCCAACAAUUACGGAUACGACUCAACCACCUACAACCCUUUCAUCAACGCUUACCACACCGGAACUGACUACCAUAUCAACUAUGCCAACAAACCCAGAGCCAACCUGUCCUACCUGUCAGCCAUCCGAAACAACUCCGUUGUACACUCCAACAUUACCGACGACUCCGGAAUUGACUACAAUUUCAACAUCACCAACUGACCCAUUGCCAACAUGUCCAACAUGUGGACCUUCGGAAACUACUCCAGUUUUUACUCCAACAUUACCUACAAGUCCCGAAAUGACCACCAUGUCAACUCAACAGGAACCUGUAGGAACAACUCCUACAAUUCCAACAACUCCUAUACCAACUUGUGCAAACUGUGCCCCAGAAUCAGGUAGGGCUAUGCCGGGGAAGCAAACUUUCCCAACUAUAUUAACCACUGCAAACACGCUCUUACCUGCUAUUACAUACACUUCCUCUAUCAUGCAAUCCCAACCCAUAACAUAUACUACAAACUCGCCCAUUUUCACACCACUACAAUCCGUCAUUCCGGGUAUUGUAACUCCUCCGUUUACACCUGCUUGGCCUGACUGGGUUCAAACUUCGUUGCCAAUUAUUACUGCACCGAUCACCACAGGUGGACCGAUCAAUACCCCACUAACGACGAUCUGGCCAACCGUACCUAUCACAAACCCUGGUGGCAUCACAUCCCCUCAAGUUACCACAAUUUGGCCAACGGUAACAAAUACAGCUUGGACAACUAGCUCUCAGAUAACAACUAUUUGGCCAACGGCUCCUACAAAUCAAGAAGGACAAACUACACCUCAACUAACUACAAUUUGGCCAACAGUGACCAAUACGGGUGGGGCAACUACUCCUCAGCUCACCACAAUUUGGCCAACGAUGAGUACGGAUGGACCAACUACACCUCAACUUACAACUAUCUGGCCAUGGGUUUCUGACACAACGACCUCUUUCAUCACUAUAUGGCCAGAGCUCACAACUCCAAGUCUAACAACCGCAGGACAAACGACUCCACAGUUAACUACAAUAUGGCCAACAUCAACGCAAUAUCCACCGAUAACUUCCCCUCAGCCCACGUUUCCCACGGAAUCAUCACCGAUUCUAACUACGCCAGCCCUCACACAAGGACCUUCGUUGACUUCGGGCAUCCUCACAACGCCUUCGUUAACGCAAACUGCUCCUGUUGUCACUCAGCCUUCCGAAAUCCUCACAACGCCCGCAUUAACGCAAACUGCACCUGUGGUCACUCAACCUUCCGGAAUCCUCACAACGCCUUCAUUAACGCAAACGGCUCCUGCUAUCACUCAACCUUCCGGAAUCCUCACAACGCCUUCAUUAACGCAAACGGCUCCUGCUAUCACUCAACCUUCCGGAAUCCUCACAACGCCUUCAUUAACGCAAACUGCUCCUGCCAUCACUCAACCUUCCGGGAUUCUCACAACACCUUCGUUAACGCAAACUGCUCCUGCCAUCACUCAACCUUCCGGGAUUCUUACAACGCCUUCGUUAACGCAAACUGCCCCUGGGGUCACUCAACCAUCCGGAAUUCUGACAACGGGCUCGUUAACGCAAGCCGGCGCGGCGAUUACUCAACCCGCAGGUAUUCUGACAACAGCUUCGUUAACGCAAGCUGCCCCGGCUGUCACAGCUCCUCCACAGUUUCCUACACUGUGGUAUCCGAUAUUAACCCAAGCUGUUCCAGUAAAAAGGCAUCUCCCGCUCCCUGUGAAUAUUUGUUACACAACGGAGCAGCUUGUGAACAAUCGACGGGUGGUCAAUCGAGGUUGCACGAAACGGAACCACUCCAUUGAAGCGACCUGUGCGAACCUUACCAACAACCAAUCAUACACAAGGUGUGCUAUGUGUGCCUGGAGUCUCUGUAACCAGUAAUCUACUUUGACAAUUAGCAUUUAAGAUCACUGAUAUUAGCAUGUUAACUAGGUUUAAGACAAUCAAUGAGUUUUAUCUACCAUUUUUGUAAUCGUACCAUUGAAAUAUGACCUUUUCAAGAGCCGAA